UAUUUUGAAAAGUGAGUACCGGAAGUGCUCUCCUUUGAAGCGACAUUCCUCCUGUCAGCCUGGCGAAGCGACGCUGUCAACUUUAAACGCCUCUUAAAAAGAGAACAAUGGGUGAUAAAGGUCUGUCAGACCAAGACGUAGCGGCAGCUUGUAAAGAAGGAGCCCCCAUAACUAAGGAUUUCAUGAUGCAGCAAACGAUGCUGAGGGUGAAAGAUCCUGUUAAAUCUCUGGAUUUCUACACCAGGAUCCUCGGCAUGACGCUACUGCAGAAGUUCGACUUCCCCGCCAUGCGGUUUUCUCUCUUCUUCUUGGGCUACGAGGACAAGAAGGAGAUCCCUGCAGAUGUGAAGGAGAAGACAGCCUGGACCUUCUCCAGGAGAGCCACCAUCGAGCUGACUCAUAACUGGGGUUCAGAGUCUGAUGACAGCCUGUCUUAUCACAACGGAAACUCUGACCCACGAGGCUUUGGACACAUUGGCAUUGCAGUUCCUGACGUUUAUGCAGCCUGUAAACUGUUUGAAGAGCAGGGAGUCACGUUUGUAAAGAAGCCAGAUGACGGUAAAAUGAAAGGCUUGGCCUUUAUCCAGGAUCCUGAUGGAUACUGGAUCGAGAUCCUGAGUCCUAAUGGUAUGGUGCCCAUCACCUCCUAAACGGGCCUGCUGAGGACCCGCAAAGGAGCUACAUGUGUGUGAAAGCCAGGAGUGAAUGAACCAGGAUGAUGAUGAUUAUCGUACUGAGACGUGGGCCGGAGUAUUACUGAUACUCAUAUGUCGGAGGACAACUUUGUAUGGCUGUUGUUGUCCUGGGAGCGUCGGGUUGUGUUUUCAGAAACGGUGCUGAAAAAUAUCUUUUAGUAUGUAAUAAAUGUAUUAAUACACACGUUAAA